AUGCUUUGCUGGAUGUCCCCGCUGAUGAAGCGAAAAAGUAUAUUAAUAGUUUUUGCUUGGAAAAUAUCAGUUGGGCUUGUAAAAGACGUCUGUGUUGGAGGUAACUCCAGCGAAAAAAUAAUCUUUCCUCGAUUUAUACGUUCUUAUAAAUUAUCUGCACAUCUGUUUUGGGAAAUAAUAUUUCACUAUUAAAAGCUUCAGUAAUUACCAUGAAUAAUUGUCUUGGCCAUCAUUUUUUUACCCCUAAAUGUAUCUACCCCCACUAAAUAACUAAAAAUUUGCUGCAGAAUUAUGCUUUUUGUGAACUUGAACUUCCUUGUUUUAAUCAGCCCAUAACCAAUCGACCCUGUAUUUGAUGGACACCUGCAACGAUUAUUUAGCGGCGUCCGUGCAUCAUUCAAGCAAAGUAUAUAAGGACACGAGCUGUAGUUUCUCUAGGUGUCCUUACAGUUUCAAAUUAUAACAUAUUUCAAGUCGAUAGUUCCUAAAUUUUUCUUGAAUUUUUUUGAUAAAAUUAUGCCAAGUAAAACAGAAGUGCAAGAUAGUACAAAAGAGAACACAAUUUACUAUUAACAGAUCCUUUGGCCUGCGUAGGGACUGGCGGCGAGUGAAUGAGUUCCUCUCGCCAGGGCACCGCUAUUAUUUGCGCGCCAAAAUGUAUUAAUUUCUUUUAGUUUUUUGAUUACACUAUAUGCACGAAUUCCAUUGGAAUAAUUAGACCUUUCCUGUUUGGUGCUCUUAUUUUUAAGCAUGUCUCAUAAUCCGCUACGGUUAUAACAUGUUUCAGGUUUUAUCUGAAUUGUAACAAUUUAAACCUUCUUCCUUCAUGUCUGUAAAGUAGCUAUUUAGCUAAGCACAUUUGACCGCGUUAAACAAAGAUUAUAGCAUUUUUAUUGUAUUGUAUUGUAUUGCAUUGCAUUGCAUUGCAUUGCUUUGCAUUUUAUUGAAUUGUAUUGUAUUGUAUUGUCACCCAAACAUUUGCGACAUUGCCUCCAAAACAAAAAAAUUCCGAUUUAUUCCCGAAAUAUUUGGCAGUCUUAUGAUUAUUAUUGUUUUCGACCACUCAGUAAUGUUCACCUGUUCCAAAGUAAUCAACGCUUUCAAGCGACAGAAUUCGUGGACCGACACUUUUCGGAAAAGCUCUAAAUUUAAUCUUUCUUAAGCUUUCUUCGCAAAACAUGCGUGACUUCGAUCACGGAACAAUUCUUAGUCCCAGUUUCCACAGUCUCCGCUAGGAACGCCGGGCACAAUCGGACCCCCUUUUGUGUCCUAAGGGACGGACCAUUCGAAAAGUUAUGGGGGGGUGGGGAAUUUUCGAGCCGCAGGAAUUUUUUUUGUCAUCAAAUUCCUUGUUUGAAUUUUUUUAGGCCAUAGCAUGAAUAUUUUUUUAAGGUUAAUUGGCGUGCAUAAAUUUUUUUUCAUUUAAUUUUCCCUUGCGCGAAUAUUUUUUUGGACCAGACACUUAGGCCAAAACGACAUCUCAUAAGCAUGUUUUUAUUUACUAAUUAAAAUAGUGCUUAACACCAAUCAGUAGUCCCUUAGUCAUUUUUAUACCGCUGGUCAUAAGGUUUGUGGGUAGUCGCAAACGACCCAACUUCGUCAAGGGGGUAGCGUUAGGGGUAUCUUUGCUCGCGGUACCUCAAAACACCAACAGAUUGUUUUGUAUUUAUGUGUAAGUUGCUUUCUGCUUCAAAGAAUUCCCUCUUUGAUUUAAUAAUUAAUUAUUCUUUUCGAGGAGGAUAAAAAUGGCAAAGUACACAUUUUUCUUGAGUUCUGUGUCUCGUCGACUGAGUUUUCUCGUUUCCUUUCUCAUGGCGCUUAACUCCAAAAUUUUAAUGGCGUACGUUUUCCUUACGCGAGAAUUCCAGCAGCUUUGACGAGAAGUCGUCUCUUCAUUUAAGUGUAUACUUCAUUUAUUGCACGAUUGUUGCAUAUUUACAGUGUCAGAUAAGUUAUCAUAUUUUCAGAAGCUGUUUACAGAAUGAUAAACUCUUUCUUAAUUCGAUACUUAGAACACUAGGCACCCUCGAAGAUUAACUAUUACGCCAGGCCGUUUUUAAAACAGCCCGACCAGCCUCUUUUAAGCGACCAACCUCAAGUGGCUACAGCCCUGUGUACCAGAGUUUUUUGAUAGCGCGCGAAGCGAUCAACUGCAGAGGGGAUGAUUCGGGUCGGCCGAAGGCCGAAGCAGCAAGAGGCGAAGUAGCAAAAAAGAGACGCAGGUCACUGUAUAAAGAUAUGAUAGAAACCGGAAACCGCGCAUGAAAAGACUCUGGCAUUCAGGGUAGGUGACCUCUAAAUAGACAUUACCCGGAGAAAUAAAUAUACCCCUGGCUCCAAAUGACUGAGAUUACACAAGACGAACAUUCUCCGUAUGAAUGACACAACUUGUUCAGAAAAAUUUAGUCUUGACUAUGAUUCACACUCUGAUUCGAACUCCGAUCUGUGUCUUAAAAAGAAAACACGUGAAGCGAGAGAAUCUAACUACGUUGACAGCAGAGGUUAAAAGAUAUGAUCACCCAUCAGGGAAAAGAAAAUGAGACGAUGAACGAUAAUACCAUUCGUCUAUAAAAGCUACUAUACUGAUAGUCUUAAAAAUUCGUUAAUAAUUCACUCCAAUUGUGCCGUGAAUAUUCAGUCCUUGCUGUCAUAAAACUUGGUGAAAAAUUCUUUGACUACUGAUCACCAGAAUUAUCAAAGUACGAAAAGGGAUGUCUAAACAACUUUGAAUUUGACUGAAAUGCGCUUGAUGUUUUCGAGAUGAGAAACUUAUUCUGGUUUGGGUAAGAUUAUUUCAAUAACCCGGAUGUUCGUGGAUUUAACUCUUAUUAUUAUAGUCAGUCGGCGUUUCUAACAUCAAUUCGUCCGUCCAAACGUGUUUAAACAGGUUAAACAGGUCCAAUUUGUCCACGCAAUUUAACCAGUUUAAAAAUGGCCAGAAACUCUAUCGUCUCGGAGCCUCCACCUAGUUCCACUAAAGUAUUCCAGCGCGUUAGACUUCCACGAUUGAAGAUUCUUUUCAUACUGUACUCCUCGCGACUGGAAUUGCCUCCUUCACACUAGAUUCUGGUGACUCUAAGCUCAAACAUAAACUUCAACGACUAACCGAUGAAUCAGUUUAACUAGCUACACAGGACACCAAACGCCGUCAAUGACUGUAGUUUAAUAGCUGGAAAUCCUAUUCGGCUUUAAUGAGCUGAAACCUUUUAAUGGUGGCGCGAAAGAUGAAUGAAUUAAAAAAGCCUUAAAAUCUAAUACGCUGUGACCGCCAAAUUUUGGGAAAGAGAUGAAGGCUCCGGGAUUCCUGAGAGGGCGAAGAGCAUUUGACGGGUAGCGGUCUGCCAUUACACUUCCUAAUGACCUUUCUGUUUGUAUUUUAUAAACCUCGCUAAGUUCACUCUCGCGGCAUCUAUCAAAGGAUAAUGAUCCCCAAGAGUUCUUCUCUCAGUUUUUACCUGAAAAACAACAAAUGCGAUUCUUAGAAAAGAGUACUUCUCUUUGAAAACAAAGCUUAGUUAGUCUAACUUUUUCAACAACGCACGAAUUCGGUGUUUGAAGAUUUAUAAAAAUUAAAACCAAAACAAAAUUACGAAACUGCAUUCAAAAAUCAGUUGAAUACCAUUUUAUUUGAUACGAUUUGAUAGGUAAAGGUGAUUAAAUCGGGAAAACAUUUCGAAAAAUUUUGUACACUGAUUCCUCGGCAUUUCCUAAACUGUAAGAAAACGACACUUAAAUCAGGGAAGCGCGAAAUUGGUUAUUUUUCAAAAAAAAAAAUUAAGAACGUGAUGUUUCCCGCGCUAGCCACUCAAUCGAUAUGAUCAAACUAAGGAAAACUGACUUGUAUGUGACUGUUCCUUACCCUAGCUUUUAGAACUGGUACCAACUGUUGAAGGUUGAUCUUGAGACCAAUAGAGUCUGCAGCAGCGUUAACCAGCGGUCCGUCGGCGAAAGUAUCAAAAAUGGCGUCCAAGGCUUCACAUAUCACCCAGAGACUGUAUUGACCGACCACAAUAUCACGGAAGACAGUACCUAAAGACUAAUAAAAAAAGAAGCUUGGGUGAUUCUUAGGAUCCCAUGAAAAACAACACUAAGGCACUAAAAAAAAAACGGCAAAGCUCAAAGAUGAGAGACAGAAAAUUGAGAAAUCCGCCCUGAACCUUUUUCGCUAAGAGUCAACAAUUCACGACAAAUGGCUCUAAAUUUUGACUCAGUGGAUGACGACCUAAUUGCGCUGUUUUCACCAUGGUAAGCAAGAAAACUAUUCAGUUGCUCUAAAUGUACAAGUAAAAAGCACUCACAAAUUAUACCUUACAUAACAUAAACUUGAUCUAGGGCUAAUUUAAUCAUCUUCCAAGAUCCUCCAUUAGUGUUGUCUAAAUAAAGAUAAUUAAAAGGGGAAGCAAACCUUCAGGAUCUCCAGCCUGUUGUCUUUUCUGGCGGCCAUCUUGCCGAUGAAUCCCAGAAUGCAUAUCAGCUUGACUUUCACUGCUUCACAUGAGGUUUCGACGGUAACACGGCACAAUAUGGUCACAUGUUCAGCUGUUAUACACUACAAAAAAAAACCCAAAUUCAGCUUUCACCUAUGAUCAGCUGCUCAAUGUGUCUUGCAAACGAGCGAGUUUAAACCCAGCUUCAACAAAUCAGGUUGUUCCAGGUUGUGACAAGUUGUCGCAGAAAGUAGAGAAUACUUCUACUUUUUGUAACAAAAUCUGUACGGGUUGCGCGUUUUACCGGCCCAAGGCAAAGUCAUUGUGCUGAAGGUGAUGGAUCUACCGUGUAUUGCGCGACUCCUGCGUAAUUUUAGCCAAUAAGAAGUCAGUACUUACGCAACAUGCAACAACUUGAUUUCUACAGACUACUAUCAACGUCUUACUUUAGAAAGCUGGUUUACUAACUUAGAACAAACGCCACUGAAUCGUAGCCAAGAGUUACCAGCGCUGUACAAACGACUUAUUGACGAGCAAAACUAACUACGAGAGAACGACUGGAGAACUGACAAUUUGACUAACAAUAGACUACUGUUUAACUGUGACAAUAGACGGAUCGAAACGCACCAAAUACUGAUUACAAGUCUUCAUAGCCAAUAACAUCACGGUUUAACUGACAGACGACCAAUAACAUUGCGACGUAAUUAACCAAUCAGAUCAAUAACCAGAGUAUAAUACCAUUAACUGACGUGAUACAACUCACUUUGACUAUGAAGAGGACUACCGCACAGGUUGUCGAAACGUCUCUCACUGUCAACAACAACAGUCCUAUUCAGGACUACGUUCAUCCGGACGAUCAAACUCAACCUACUUUUGAAAUGACUCCUAGGUUCAAACCUUUCGCACAACUUGAUUUGUUACAAGACAAGCUUGAACGCGGGUGGUAAAACACGCAACAUAGCUUUUCAACCCGUUUUGCAGCAAUGUUGCAAAACACGUGUACCAUUUUUGUUGCCCGUUCUACCAUAGAAAAAAUAUUUUGGAGGAACUAUGUAUCAUUAGUAAAAUCCAACUAGUGGUCUAUUAUCAAUGCUGCAUUCUGAUUGGUUGAGCUACUACUAGGCUAUAUGUUAUAGCCCACUAGUAGGCGGAAAGCGCCGGCUUUUUGGCGGCAAAAAGGGAUUCAAGUCUAGCUUUAACUAGCUAAAGUUGUUUUGUCUCGAUAUUUUUGACCAACUAGUUGGAUUUUACUAAAACAAUUACUUCUUGAGCCCGAAUGGGCUCUGAGUCAAUAGCCCAAGAGGCCCAUUAUCAUUUCCAAGCUGCCAGACGUUCACGUAGAGUCGCUUUUCAAAGCCUUCGCCUUUUUUUACCGGAAGAUAACCAAAUAAUUGCGUCGGUCUGGUUACUUUUUACAGCUGACAAAAAUUGGUGAUUAUAUCGACGGCCAUUGACUUGUUUCAUCUGCAUGUAUACGCUUUAAAAAGUGAGUGAGCCCUAGGCAAGCCAGAUCUAAAACGUAAAAAAAAAAACGAUUAGUAACUUACUUGAAGCUCUUGCAGUGAAACCAGUUUGUCAAUCACUGAUCGUAGAACUCCAGUGGCUGCCUCUAGAAAAUCCUCCUCGUGGUACACAAAUCUUCUGGCUAAGGUUAAAGAAAUAGCAGUUUUACAAUAAAAAUUGUGGCCCAAAAUAGAGUAACUAUUAAUAUUUCAAAAAGCAGAUGCAAACAAUCUAGGUAGAGUUAGAAGAACUGAAAGCAAAAACAAGUGCCUAUCGCUGAGCCCGCGAAAACGCGUUUGAGCAAUACCGUGAUUGGUUGAGGAAAUGGCACGUGAUUCUUUGAGCCAAUCAGUGAGCGUCACGGUAAAGUUAACUUAGUUCGUUCUGCAAUAGACCCAUCCACGGUUUUUUCAACUUUUGUUGUGAACCUGUUAGCGAAAACCCGUCGAUACCGCUAUAAAAAGGACCUUAAAAAACUAGUCAUAAAGUCGAGGUAAAGAGUGAUUUGUUGAAAACUAACGAAGAUAUAGCUUUGCAAAUUUUCGAAAUUUUACAAAAGUCUGUAACGGCUGCGCGACUUUGCUGAGGAAUACCUUCGCUCAAUUUACAUGUAUUACCUUCAAACUUGAUCAGUUUACUAAUUUCAAUUAACCCUUUCACUGCCACAAUACUUGAUGGAGUUUUGUAAGGUGACUCCAACUUUUUAGUCUGUGGACUAAAUCCUAUGAUGUGACCAUUUAAAUGAAAGCUCUCUGCCUGUACUUACACAUGGUGCUAUUUGUUUGUCAAAAUUUCACAAAAUGAAUUUGAAAAUUUGGUCGAAAUUUGCUUUUGGCUAAAUUUGGCAGUGAAAGGGUUAACGAACUCUAUCUGGCAGUAUCGAUGAAUAUUCCCUAACUGGAUCCCAUCAAACGUUGAAAAAAAAAACCGUGGAAGGGUCCAUUGUAAAGAAUUAGUACAAAACAUUUCCACUUACUUUCAGCGGAAAAGUAAGUGGAAAGGGUUAAGGAACUUUAUUUGGCAGUAUCGGUGAAUAUUCCCUAACUGGCCCUCGCCAAACUUUAAAAAAAACCGUGGAAAGGUCCAUUGUAAAGAAUUAGUACAAAACAUUUCCACUUACUUUCAGCGGCAAAAGUUAGAGUGAACAGCGAACACCACAACUGUCCAAGCGCCACCUCUCCUCCUAGUAGAUCAGCGUCUAAGGCUGUCACCAUAUUGUUGAGACAGGUCAGUGCUCUCGUUUGUACCGUACUUAAACUAAAAGCAAAGAUUUAUACUGAUUUAGAACAAACUACCCAUUUAACUCAGAAACGUUCGUACUAGAAGCUACCCUCACAAUCUCAUUGAAAAAAAUUAGGCUGGGAGGUUAAAUUAGCCGAACAGAAGUCGGCUUUACUAAAAAACAAUGAAGUGUGCAAAAAAAUUCUGCCCUUUGUUCAGUUACAAGGUAACCCUGCCCGCCAUUGCAUCACCCAAAGAACAUGUUUAUGAGCAAAUUACAUAUAAUCCAGCCUUUACAGAGAGAAAUAUACAAGAAGCCAACGCUAUAUAUCUCCUAGAUUCUCGUCCGGAGCAAAAAUUUUUGGUCACGUAUCACACUCUACCGAGCUUUUGCGUAUGUGUUUGGCUAGUCAACACUUUGACUUCAACAGCGCCCAUUGGACCUCCGGUAAUCUCAUGUGAUGUCCAGCUGAUAUUUGCGUACAAUGGGAAAGGAAUUUAUCUUUCGGUUCAGUAGACGUUAAUGAGGCAGGAACGCGUGACGAACCACUAAGAACGUCUGCGAGGGAGGCUACUGGAGCGCGGGCUUACAGGAGUGAUUCUGGUAGGCACUAGCUGCUGGUAAUGAGGUUUUUAAUUACAAAGGUAGCCACAAGUAGCCUACUGCGGGCAGUUCUGAUAUCUGCCUAGCUUAUACAAUGUAACAGUGUCCAUUAAGAAAGCUUCAGCAGUAGACCCUGAGAACUGGGUAGAGCUCCUGAUUGAUCGUGCCUCAAGGAAAAUCCGCUUCAGCCAAUCAAAAGCACUACCCUGAUCUGGCCAGUGACACAACUGACACCAGUAUGAAAUUUCUGCCGCGUUUGUUCCUCACUGACGUCAUUUCGCACGGAAACCAGUGGUGGCAUCGCAAAAUGUUAUGACUGUUUUCUCAGGCUAUAUAAACUGAAACUAUUAUUGAGUUGUUUUCAGAGUUGUUGGUUCAGUUAACCAACCCUGUUUGUCAGUUCUCCUUUUCUUGAAAAUUCAUUCUGCAAAGUAAAACAGCUGCCAAGUGGGUACUCUGUGCACAGCUUUACCUAGUCGUAACUGAAAAAAUAAUGGUUUGUUUGGCCACACAGGUCAUGACGGGAAUUAUUUCAACAGGAAUCACGGAAGGAAAGGGUCGAGCUGGGGAAAUGAUUCCUAUCCCUGGAUAUAGCAUGUAUCAGGCGAGGCUACUGCAACACAACACACACCUGGUAAUACCCAUUCGUGUCACUUGGCGUCGCUUCCCGCGUAGCCUGUUCCAGGCGUUCAAAUAGUAGAACGCAGUGUUUUGGUUAAAUCGUACGCGGAGGAAACGAGGGGAGAGUGGGGCGAGAGCGAGGAAACUCUCCCUCUGUAGUCUCUCCCGUUAUUUAUUUUCCUCGUUAAUUAAUUUUUUGACCUCGCUCUAUUAUCUGAACGCCUAGAACAGGCUACUUCCCUCGAGAAGUGACACGCGUGUUGCGUCUUAUUUUAGGAGUUGUUUUCACUAUCGUUCACGCAUUUUCCUCUACUUAGUCUGCGUAGCUGGCGGUUUUGUGUGGGAGGGGCAGCGGAAAGGAGUGCGAGGAGGGUGGAGCGCUCUCUCGCACACGCUUCGCGCGUGCUGUCGCGGCUUUACUUCGCUUUUCACGCUUGCUGAGCAGUAAAUAGUAACGUCAGAUAACUGUUAAGAAGAAAGAGACUUGAGACUCUAAAAGGUGGCUGUAAAUUUGAAUUAAUUAUUCACAUCCCGAAAGUCUACUCCUGUAUUUUGCAAGCAGAUUUUCCAUCUUUAAGAGCCGUUGGCGCGUGCGAACCACUACUGGAAAAGCAAAAUAUUACAAAACAAAAAACGCUUUGUGGUGUUCGAGCAAGUGAGCUUCUUCGCUGCACAAAAUUCGUCCAAGUUUGGCUGAUUUUCACUAACCACAGUGGCCUGGCGGUCCUACUCGGAGUCGUAAACGGUUUCAUAAGCUUAAAGGCCGAAAUCGGAGUCCCAAGAAUCGGAACGUCUUUGUCUUCCGACUCUGCUUACGACUCCGCCGCUUACAAUAUAGUAAUAACGAUGAGGAAUAAAUCAGUCACAUUACUCGGUCCUAAGCACUGUGGCAUGUUGUGAAAGACUGACCUGCGGCUUCUCCUUACAUGUGUAACAACCUUGUAGUCUUCACUACUGACUUUGUAAGCGACGAAGUCGUAAGCGGAAUCGGACUUCUUUUUCACUAAAUCAUAACCCUUUGCACUUCUAAUUACGAUUAGUGAAAACUGGACCAGCCUUAGCUUAAAGUUCCCAAAACUAUCCGUCAACCGGAAUAAAUCUAAGAACUUGGUUCCAGUUUUGUUUCAGCGAGAAUUUAUUACUUCAAACUCCGGCAUUCUUCCUCAGAGACCCCAGGGGAAAAUUACGUUCUACACAAUUUUUUUUCUAUUUUUUAUCCUAAAGAUAUUUUACCUUCUUGACGAAGACAACAACUGGGGUUUGAAUAUGUCUGAACUAAAGAAAAAGCUGGAUGGGGCAAGGCCGCACUGUUUACCAAGAGCUCUUGUGCUGAUAAAUCCAGGCAAUCCAACAGGUACAUUGAAUAUAUAUCUAUUUGUAAUUACCUGCAAUAAUAGCAAUGAAGAUGAUGAUGAUGAUGAUGAUAAUGAUGAAGAUGGCAAUGAUAAUAAAAUGUCUCUAUUUACUCUCGACAUUGUUUGAGCACACAGGUUAAUGCGUUUGAGCUUUCUUUUCACGGGGUGUCCCUUAUAAAAGGGCGUUCCUUAUACCAAGGUGGUAGCUAUAUAGGGGUUCUUUUUACCGGGGUGUUUUUUUUCCCCCUUUUAUUGAUGAAGUCCUCCUUAUACCGGGAUGUUCAUUAUCUAGGCAGUCGUUAAACUAGGGUGUCCUUUACAUAGAGAUUCUACGUUAAACCGAGGUGUUCGUUAUAUCAGAGUUUAACUAUAAAAUGUAAUUAAACUUGUUCUGUCCUUCGUUUAUCCAUUAACUUUAGUCACGUUUGCUUCUUGUUUAUAUAUCGGUCAGGUGUUGACGGAUGAAGACAUUCAAGAAGUAAUCAAGUUUUGUGCUCGUGAGAAGUAAGUUUUAUUCGCCGAUGAAGUUUACCAAGACAACGUGUACGCUGAGGGAGCCCAAUUUCACUCGUGCAAAAAAGUCUUUAGGGACCUGGGAGACGAGUAUAGCGGAUUUCAAUUGAUCUCUCUUCAUUCCAGUGCCAAAGGGUACACGGGAGA